CCACGAUAUUAAUAAUCGGAUUCACAUUUUCAAAUAUUUCCCAAUUUUUUAUUCUGCUUAUCUGCAGCACAAAGAAAAAGCGGGACGUUAAAACUUAAAAGGGCCCGCCUCCGCAAGAGCCUUGCCCCUUGCCACGGUUUCCAGGAAAUUUCCAUCGCCUCCCUCUCUCUCUCUCUCUAACUCACGAGAACGAUUAGAAAAGUCUCAAAUUUUGUGUUCCGACCAAGAAACCAACAUCUUCUUUUCAGAGAAAAAACCAAAGUCUCCAACUUGGUAAUCCCUCAGUUGGUUUGAUGAUCAUAAUCCAACCAGACCAUUCCUCCUCUUUCGAAACACCCACCAGUCUUCCCUUCCCCCUUUUCUCCCCUUUCCUCCUGCAACUGCAAAAGUCCCAAGCUUUUCCUUCUGGAUUGGGCCAAACUGGGCUGCUCUCUAAUUCUUCUGGGCUGCCGGGUACUGAAACCGUGAACUUCUGCUCCUCCCUCAAGGAUAGGAUUGGUGUCUAACGUCUGAAAGAAAUCGUCAGAGCCCAGAUGUAAGAAUUCUUGAAUGGUGAUUUGUCUAUGAGGAAGACUGUUUGUUGAACGUAAUUGGGACUUUCCAUUUGAAGAAAAAUUGCUGCUUCGGUUAUGAACUAUUCACAGGACAAGUUUGUUAGGUUUCAAGAUUGGAGGUCAGAGAAAGUUUCGGAUUCGGAUUAUUCGCCCCGGAAUGGGUACCGUGGGAGAGUUAGCAUGAAGAUAAGCUCAUUCUCUGAUAAGUUCAGGAGAAGAUUGGAGUCUGGUUCAGAGAGCAUCAGUAGGAUUAGGCAGACCUUGAAAUCAUACUCCUUCAACAAUGGUAGUUCCUCCGAUGGCUCUUCUAGUUCUAGAAAGAAGAUCCUUGAUCCACAGGGAGCUUUCCUACAGAAAUGGAACAAGAUAUUCGUGCUGUCAUGUUUCCUUGCUAUCUCCCUGGACCCUUUGUUCUUCUAUGUCCCGGUGAUCGACAAUGAUAAGCACUGCCUUAAAUUGGACAACAAGAUGCAGAUAACAGCCAGCGUGUUGCGUUCUUUCACGGAUAUAUUCUACAUACUUCACAUUGUCUUCCAGUUUCAUACCGGCUUCAUUGCGCCUUCCUCCCGGGUUUUUGGAAGAGGUGUUUUGGUUGAGGACAGUUGGGCCAUCGCGAAGAGGUAUAUGCUUUCGUACUUCUUGAUCGACGUUCUUGCCUUGCUGCCACUGCCACAGAUGGUGAUCCUCAUAAUCACUCCCAGGCUGCAAGGAUCGAGAACUCUUAAUACGAAAAACUUGUUGAAGUUUGUUGUAAUCCUCCAGUAUCUUCCGAGGAUCAUGCGGAUUUAUCCGUUGUACAAGGAAGUUACUAGAACCUCUGGCAUACUCACUGAAACUGCGUGGGCUGGAGCUGCGUUUAACCUCUUCCUUUACAUGCUUGCUAGCCAUGUACUUGGAGCAUUUUGGUACUUAUUCUCCGUGGAAAGACUAACAGUUUGCUGGAAGAGAGCUUGUAACACGAGCUCGUGCCGGGAUACGCUGUACUGUGAUGGUCCUCUAGGCAAUCUGGCAUUCUUGAACACCUCUUGUCCUGUCAAUCCUGAGAAUGCAGAUGUGUUCAAUUUCGGAAUAUUCCUUGACGCGCUCCAGUCUGGUGUUGUGUCUUCUCAUGACUUCCCCAAGAAGUUCUUCUACUGUUUCUGGUGGGGGCUUCGCAAUCUCAGUUCUCUUGGUCAGAACCUUGCGACAAGUACAUUUGUGUGGGAAAUUUGUUUCUCGGUUGCGAUUUCAAUCUUUGGGCUGGUGCUGUUUUCCUUCCUCAUUGGGAAUAUGCAGACUUACUUGCAAUCUACGACAACUAGAUUGGAGGAAAUGAGAGUGAAGAGGCGGGACGCUGAGCAAUGGAUGUCCCAUCGUAUGCUCCCGGACAAUUUGCGGGAGCGAAUCAGGCGACACGAGCAGUACAAGUGGCAAGAAACCAGAGGAGUCGACGAAGAGAACCUCGUCCACACUCUUCCAAAGGACAUUAGAAGGGACAUAAAGCGCCAUCUCUGCUUGGCACUCCUCAUGAGAGUGCCAAUGUUCGAGAAGAUGGACGACCAGCUUCUCGAUGCAUUGUGCGACCGCCUCAAGCCAGCACUCUACACGGAGGAGAGCUACAUUGUCCGUGAGGGAGACCCCGUCGACGAGAUGCUAUUCAUCAUGAGGGGUAAACUCCUCACCAUGACAACAAAUGGCGGAAGGACGGGCUUCUUCAACUCGGAGUACCUCAAAGCUGGUGAUUUCUGUGGCGAGGAGCUUCUAACGUGGGCCCUCGACCCACACUCCUCGUCGAACCUACCCAUCUCCACAAGAACCGUUCGUACCAUCACGGAGGUUGAAGCUUUUGCACUAACGGCGGAAGACCUAAAGUUUGUGGCCUCGCAGUUCCGUCGCCUGCACAGCAAGCAGCUUCGCCACACGUUCAGGUUCUACUCACAGCAGUGGAGGACGUGGGCGGCCUGCUUCAUACAAGCGGCAUGGCGAAGGUACAGCAAGAAGAAGCUCGAGGAGGCACUGCGGCAGGAAGAGGACAGGUUGCAGGAUGCGCUGGCAAAGGCCGGUGGGAACUCGCCUAGCCUCGGCGCUACCAUCUACGCCUCCAGAUUUGCCGCCAAUGCCCUGAGGCUGCUGAGACGAAACUCGACUCGUAAGGCGAGGAUCUCCGAGAGGCUGCCGCCCAUGAUGCUGCAGAAGCCGGCGGAGCCUGAUUUUACUGCUGAUGAACGGUAGCUUGGGGAAAGACCUUUCUUCAACAACGAGCCUGCUGCCAUUAUAGGAUACAGAGUGUUGUUAGCUCUACUCUUGCAGACCAUAUAUCAAGUUGACUACAACAUUAGGAGUCAACAACCCAUCUAAUAGAAACAUUCAGUACUCCCCCAAGAUUGAGGAUUUUUCAUUCCGUGGGAAAGGCUGGUUCAAAGUUGGGACUUACCUUUUCUUGGCCAUGGCAGGGGUUGCUCUGUUUCUGCACAUUCCUCGAGUCAACAGCCGCCAUAAAUGGCGUUAUAAGGUUCUGCGCCCACGGUGCUGCGCUCCGUCGCCAUGCUUUCCAUCCGAUUCGAAUCUUCUUCCAGUUCCGAACGGGCUUCCCGGCGCCUUCCUCUUAGAGUUUUCUGACGAGGUGAACUAGUGGUGGACGCCAAGGCGAUAGCGACAAUUUGCCUUCGUUUUUCCUCGUUGACUUUGUCUCCGUCCUCCGGCUGCCUCAGUCCUCCCUUUCUCUGGAGCAAACUACUACAUUUCCUUCCUUCCAGCUUCGCAGAAAUCCCCUCAAGAAUGAUUUUGGAUCCGCAUGCAAGUUUGGUUCUCAAGGGAUACAGGGCCUUCUCGGCCAUGGCAGGGGUUGCUCUGUUUCUGGAUCCCCUGUUUCUCUACAUCCCUGGAAUCAACAGCAGCCGCGAAUGUGCCAUGAGUUUCGACGGAAACCUGCUGAUUACUGCUGCGGUGCUGCGUUCCGUCGCCGAUGCUCUCCACCUGAUUCCACUCUUCUUCCAGUUUCGAACCGCGUUCCCGGGGCCUUACUCGAGAGAGUUCGGGAGCGGCAGGAUGGUGGUGGACACGUCGGCGAUCGCGAGUAGAUACCUGUUUUCGUUUUUCCUCGUCGAUUUGCUCUCGGUCCUCCCGCUGCCUCAGGUGAUCGUCGUUGUAGCUUGGAUUUCUGGGAAGAACAGAGGAUCCAGAAUGUUGACCGCCAUUGCCAUCUUGCAACCCGUGAUAGCUUCUCAGUUCUUGCCUAGACUAUUCAGAUUCUAUCAAUUCAUUCAGGAAGUGAGAAGUACUACUACCCUUGCAGUGAAAAAAGCUGCAUCUGCCAGGAUUGCGAUUACCAUCUUUCUUUACAUCAAUGCUGCCCAUGUUGUGGGAGCAUUCUGGUACUCCUUGGCCAUCCGCCGAGAAAUGGGUUGCUGGCGAGCAGCCUGUGGUAAUCGCGCCGGAUGCGAUUACAACACAAUGCUGACUUGUGGGAAUGAUGGAUGGAUGAAUUACGCGUCUUUUCUUAAUCAGAGUUGCCCCAAAGGAGGAGGAUCGGAUUUCAAUUAUGGGAUGUAUGCUGAUGCUAUUAGCUCUGGGGUGCUGGAGUCGACAGAUUUCGGCAACAAGUUGCUUUACAGUUUCUGGUGGGCUCUCCAAAGUCUGAGCACUUUGGGACAGAACAUUAAGCCUAGCAACAAUAAGUUGGAGAUAUGUUUUGCACUAUGCAUCUUUGUUGUUGGGUUGUUGUUAUUUUCGCUAGUCAUCGGUAUCAUCCAGACAAGGAUGCUAGCAUCAACCAUUAGAAUGGAAGAGAUGAGAAUGAAAUGGGAAGGUGUGGAGCGAUGGAUGGGUUCCCAUUAUAUCCCGGAGGAAUUAAAGAGGCGGCUAAAGCGACAUGAAGAGUUCAGAUGGCAGAGGGAUCAAGGUGUUGACAUCCACAAUGUGCUACAGAGUCUGCCCAGAGACCUGAGGAGGGACAUCACUCGUCAUCUCUGGUUGGAUCUUCUCAGGAGUGUGCCAAUAUUCUCAACGAUGGACGAUGAGCAACUAGAUGCAAUGUGUGAGCGCGUUAAGCCAGCACUGUACACGGGAGGAAGCUACAUUGUUCGCGAGGGAGAUCGAGUCAACGAGAUGCUGUUCAUCAAGAGGGGUGUAAUACAAACUACAGGCACAUAUGGCGGGAGCUCUGUCUUCUUCAGCGCGGAGCACCUCAAGGCUGGUGAGUUCUGCUGCGACGAGCUUCUCAGUUGGGCUCUGGGACCCUACUCUUCGUUAUCAGACCUUCCAAUCUCAAUCACAACCGUUCAAACCGUCACGCAUGUGGAAGCUUUCGCGCUUACAGCUGACGACUUGAAGUUUGUGGCUACACGGUUCCGUUGGGUUCGCAACAAGAAGCUCCGCCACAGGUUCAGGUUCUACUCACACCAGUGGACGACUUGGGCCGCUUGUUUCAUACAAGCUGCUUGGCGGAGGUUCAGAAAGAAUAAACUAGAGAUGGCGCAGAGGCGGGAAGAGGACAGGUUGGGAGAUGCAUUGGCUGCCGAGUCGACACCCCUUGGCGCCACCAUAUACGCCUCGAGGUUUGCUGCCAAUGCACUACGGCUUCUAAGCCGCAAGUCGACUGGUAAGGGUACAGUGCCUCUACCGUCUGUGUCAGCGAAAAAGCCAGCAGAGCCAGAUUUUAGUGACGAUGAAGUUCAGUCAAGUGAGGAAAUAUGAUAGAUCAAAUGUGAUUCCGUGUCUCUGAAGUAAUGAUUUUAAUUGUUGUAAACUGUAUCAAGAUUAAUGUAGAAAUGGGAAGAAAGAAAAUUUGGGACUGGCUUUUGUUUAGUUCAUCUAGUGCCUUGACACAGCAUCCGUUGUCAUCGCCCAAAGUAAAUUUCCUCUGUUGGUUCAACAACCAAACCAACCACAAUAAGUCUAACCUUAUAAGAGCAGCAAAGAGUUUGCAACCAGGAACAAGAUUCUCA